AUGGUGCCCUUUGAUGAUAUACUUAUUGUUAAUUAUAAGUUACUUACCAACUUAAAGGUAUCAUUGCAAGAUAGAUUGUCACACUUUUUAUGUACUGAUUGCUGGAAAACAGUAAAGUCUUUUUUAGAAUUCCGGACUAAAUGUUUUAUUUCUGAAACCUUGAUGAGCAAUGCUGUUUAUCAAUGUAUUAAAGAUGAUCCAGAAACAGAUAUUACUACCAAUCAGAAUGGAAGCUCUCUGAAAAGUGAUGUUUUUGAAUUGAAAGAAGAAUCUGAUGAUAAAUAUGAAAGUACUAAAAAAGAUAAUAGAAAUCAACUGGAACAAAUAAUGAAUAGCAUUCCUAAAUUUUACUCUACAAAAGAUAUAUCUUCUGAAGAGACAAAAUGCAGAUUAAAAAUGAAAUCAAGAAAAUGUAAAAUGAUGAAGCCUUUGGUACAAAUUGACAAUAAUAAAGGUGUUGUGAAAAUGCCAUGUGGUAUUUGUAAGAAAUCUUAUUUGGAACAAAAAGAGUUGUUUCAGCAUUUGGAAAGUCACAAAAAUGACAAUUUGUGUGAAGUGUGCGAAGAAACCUUUUGUGAUUGGCCUGAGAUACUUAGCCACAGAAAAAUGCAUUACAAUGGAGUUAGAUUGGAACUGAAAUGUAACCAGUGCCAACGCAGCUACGAAACACCUAAAAAAUUGCAGAAACACAUUUGGAGAUUACAUUCUUGCAAAGUAUUAAUUUGCAAUCACUGCUCUAUAUCAUUUAACAACAAACAGAAAUUGAAAUUACAUCUAUUAACUCACACCGUAAAUAAAGCAUAUCUUUGCGACGUCUGCGGGUAUUCAUGUAAGAAUAAUGACAGGCUUAAGGAUCAUCAAAUAAGACUACAUGCCGAGAAAAAGUUUCCAUGUAAAAAUUGCAAAAGGGUGUUUCAAAAUCAACAGAAACACGACGAGCAUAUAUGUACGCAGGAGAAGAAGUUAUGUCCUAUAUGCGGCACAAAAAUUAAUAUAGCGACAAGCAUGUCACGUCACUUGGAGACUCAUGGAGAGGAGAAGCGUCAUAAAUGCGACCGUUGCCCCGCAACGUAUAAAACUAAAACAGCCCUACAGGUGCACAAAGAUCGACACGACGGAAUUCGCACUAAACACUGCGAAUACUGCCCGGCGAAAUUUUACUCGGCAACUGUCCUCCAGAAACAUCGCCGCAUCCACACAGGAGAGCGUCCCUACGUUUGUAAAAUUUGCCAAAAGAGCUUCACAGGUAACUCCAAUCUCAAAAAACAUAUGAAGGUACAUGAAUAUUUGAUCAACAAAAGAAUUAAACCUGAAGAUAGUAGCAGUAUU